AUGUGGACAGGUGUGGACGGUGGUGCAGCGUGGUGCCGGCAGCAGGGUCUUGAACCUGUGUCCCCUGGAGGACAGGUGGCGGUUGAGGAGGGAACUAGACACCCGAUGGAGACACUGUGGAGUAAAUCUGCUCUCAGAUCAGUGGGCGUAGGAAGGUCCAGUGAGUCCGUGAAGGCAGAGCUCGGCUGUCAGAGCUGCGAGCAGGAUCUACCCGGACUAACCCCCCCUCCAGGACCCGGUCCCGGACCCGGUCCUGGUCCCGAUCCCGUCCGAGCACCUUCAGUCUGCAGCCGCUUCUUUUACCUGGUUGCAGGUCGGAGACCAGCAUGUAGGUCUUCAUCAGAGCCGUUAGGGAACAUCCAGGAGCCAGAGGUCAGAGGUCAGGUGAUUGGUAACGAGGCCUCGAGCUCUGUGGUUGGUCACAUGACGGGUCUGCUGGCUGUCCUGCGCUCUGAGGUCACUUCCUGCUCUGACACCGCCGUCUUUGUUUACUUGGUAUCAAAGGACAAAGCCGCCAUUUCUGAGAAACUAGGCCAAACCCUGCGUCUGCGUCAUCGACCAGGCGCCGGCAGGAUGCUGCUGCUGCUCUGUCUGCUUCCUCUGGUGAGCGGCAGCACCACGCUGAACGCCACGCACCGAGCGGGGCACCACCACGGGGAGGAAGAUGCUGUGAUGACGAGGCCUCACAUCUACCACUGCCGCUCUCCCAACAUGGAGGACUUCACCUGCUGGUGGCGUCCACUGGACAACCUGACGGAGGGCGAGGUCGUGUCCUACGUCCUCACCUACUCCAAAGAGUGCGAAUGUCCCGACUACACGAGCACUGGUCCCAACAGCUGCCACUUCGACAGCAGCCACACGUCCAUCUGGAAGUUCUACUGCAUGAACGUCACGGCCGUCACCGCCCACGGGAACUACACCUCCCAGAAGCACUGCCUGGACGUGGCUGACAUCGUUCAGACUGAAGCUCCGGUGAACGUGACCUACACCCUGACCGACCCGGGUGGAGACGAGAUGGGCCUCAACGUGCUGCUGUCCUGGACCUACCCGGUGCCGGCACACCUCCAGUACGGCUGGAUCACGCUGAUGUACGAGCUCCAGUACCGACGCCUCACCGAGCCCGACAACUGGAAGGUGAAAGCCGCUCUGCGGGAGCCUCACGUGGAGCUGCUCGGCCUCCCGGUGGCCGACUACGUCAUCCGGGUCCGGUGCCGCUCGCAGAACUACGGCCUGUGGAGCGAGUGGAGCUCCACGCUGCAGAUGAGCAUCCCCCCCACCCUGCCGGCAGGGAAGCUGUUGGUUCUGAUCCUGGUGACGGGCGUCGGCGUCUUGGCUCUGCUGGUCAUCGCUUUUGGUGUAAUUCCACAGAGCAGAAGAAUAAAAGACUACUUCCUGCCUCAGAUUCCGAAGCCGAGGAUCAUGGGUAUUGAUCCACUGCUGAUGAAGAAGGGGAACCUGGAUGAAAUCAACCGUCACCUCAGUAACUUCCACAGCUACCGCCCCCCCAGCUACACGGAGGAGGUGUGGGAUCCUGUGGCUGUGGACAACAGGGGCUGAAGACAGGAAGCUGGAGAGCGUCUGCAGGACGUUCAGACCUCCAGAAACAAUUCAACAAACUGGUGCUGGUCUGAAAAAUAACUCUGCGUAGCUUCAGAUGAACAAGGACCUCUUCACCACGCGCUGCUUCUUCUCACCCGUGUUCCUCUGCCUCAGCUUCAGGGUCUUUCUCAGGAAUCAGAAACACUGGAGGAGAGAAGGAGCUGCUGGUUCGGGUUCGACCCAUCGUCUGACACCGAGUCGCUGACGAGUUCUAUCUGAGGAAGCAGAACAUCUGGUUCUCCUCCUCACACUCGGGAGGUUCCACAAACUUCUCUACGACUUCUCAUCCGUUUGUGAUCGGUUUGGUUCCAAAUUCAAUCGUGAGAAUUAAAAAGUAUAUUUUCUAUCGUCCCAAAGAUUAUGAAUUUAACACUAUGACAAAAAGCACUUUUAUGUAUUUUCAACAUGCUGAAAGAAAAGCAGGGUUCAGUUAUAUUCAGACAGCAAAGAAAGAACCUGAAUCAUGAAGUAUUAGAGUAUUAGCAGCUCUUCCUCUAGAGUUAUCGAUCACAAACACUGAUCUCUGACUAUUUUAACACUUUAACGUCUCGUAGAAAAUCUUAAAAUGCACCUUUAUCUAUUAUUUGUGCAGUUUAUUGCAAAAAGGCCCAAGUGGGAGUUGAGCCUUGUGGGAUGUGACCAGAAGGAAACGAGCUGUUGGAUUCAGGUCAUUUUAAACCUCCAGAACAUUUUGCUGUCCUCGUGGACGAGAUCUGAACGUUCUUUUCUUUAUUAUUAUUAUAUUAUUAUAUUAUAUUGUAAUCAUUAUUCCCAGUGUCGGACGUCCUGAUCCCAGCUACCUCACACCGGAUCACGUCCCUGUUGCCAAAGCUUUGUUCUAACGUGCUUCUUCUCGUCUUGUGCUGUGAACUCUGGAAGUCGACGCUGUGAACGUGACGCGUCGGAGAAUCGUGCCAAACAAAAACCCAAAGUAGAAACCUGAGCGGGGGGGCAGCGGAGACUCUCCUGGGUCCUGGUUCCACGUCAGCUGUGGAUCCGUCCCCUCAUCGUCCUCUGGGAUCUAGAAGCUGAUCGUUUGUCCUGUGAUGUUUUUACUCUCGUGAAAAGCUCGUCGGUCUUUGUCUCUAUCGUUUCUCUCGCUGCUGAUCAGGGAUCAGUCAAAGUGACAUCGACCUCCCCCCCGACCCUCGUCCCCUCUGAACUCACUGUGUCGUCUCCUCGUUGCCGCUCGAUGUCGUGCUGUCUCUAUUACUGUGCCUGGAUGUGCCUUGUUGUUCACUGAGCAGUGUUUGUUUGUUGUUCCUCGGUUGUGUUGAAGUGUGGACGGCCCGAUAGGCCAACGUGCCACUCCGACACGAGGAUCAAACACCUGAAGUACGUGAACCUUGUGUUGGGUUAAAAACUAUAUCGCCUUUAAUGUGACACUUUCUUCUUGUUGGACUAAAGCACUUUUGUUUUCUUGUGACUGCAAUAAAAAGUGAAAAGGCAGCUGAGCGUGUGAAGGGUUCCUCAUUUCUACCAUCCAGCAA